UGGCGUUGAAAAUCAGAAAAAAGAUGGGUUCUAUUUCUUGUUUUGCAGUUAUUGUUUUGGCUUUGGUUUUGAAUUCAGCAGUAUACUCUAAUGGAGGAAAGACUAGCGUCUAUGUCAGGAAAGUGGAGAAAGCUGUGGAUAUGCCUCUUAACAGUAAUGUCUUUCGAGUCCCUUCUGGCUACAAUGCACCCCAACAGGUUCAUAUAACACAAGGAGAUCAGGUCGGAAAAGCUGUGAUAGUUUCAUGGGUGACUGAGGAUGAACCAGGUUCCAGUACUGUGCUUUACUGGAGUGAGAACAGCAAGCAAAAGAAAAAGGCUGAGGGCAAAGUCAAUACUUAUAAGUUCUACAAUUACACCUCUGGUUACAUUCAUCACUGCACCAUCAAAAAUCUGGAGUACGACACCAAAUAUUACUAUGUAGUCGGUGUGGGUCAUACUACAAGAAAAUUCUGGUUUACAACUCCUCCUGAAGUUGGUUCUGAUGUGCCAUACACCUUUGGUCUCAUUGGGGAUCUAGGGCAGACCUUUGAUUCAAAUAUCACUCUCAGUCACUAUGAACAAAAUCCACAUAAAGGUCAGACAGUAUUGUAUCUUGGGGAUCUUUCUUACGCAGAUGCCUAUCCCAAUCAUGAUAAUGUAAGAUGGGAUACAUGGGGAAGGUUUGUUGAGAGAAGUGUUGCAUAUCAACCAUGGAUAUGGACUGCUGGAAAUCAUGAAAUCGACUUCGUCCCUGAAAUUGGUGAAACAAAGCCUUUUAAGCCUUACACUAAUCGUUAUCAUGUUCCUUAUAGAGCGUCAAAAAGUACUGCUCCCUUUUGGUACUCAAUAAAGAGAGCUUCAGCAUGCAUCAUAGUCUUGUCUUCAUAUUCAGCCUACGCUAAAUACACUCCUCAGUACCAAUGGCUUGAACAGGAGCUACCAAAAGUUAACAGGACUGAAACACCGUGGUUAAUUGUUCUUAUGCAUUCCCCAUGGUACAAUAGCUACAACUACCAUUACAUGGAAGGAGAAACCAUGAGAGUAAUGUAUGAGCCAUGGUUUGUGCAGUACAAAGUUGAUGUUGUAUUUGCUGGUCAUGUCCAUGCCUAUGAACGAUCUGAACGUGUAUCCAACAUUGCAUACAAUGUUAUAAAUGGUAUGUGCACUCCUGUGAAGGAUCAAUCUGCACCUGUAUACAUCACUGUAGGCGAUGGAGGGAAUCUUGAAGGCUUAGCAACCAAUAUGACUGAGCCACAGCCAGCAUAUUCAGCUUAUCGCGAAGCCAGUUUUGGUCAUGCCAUUUUCGGUAUCAAGAACCGGACUCAUGCUUAUUAUAGUUGGCACCGCAACCAUGAUGGAUCUGCUGUUGAAGCUGAUUCAAUGUGGUUUUUCAACAGAUUCUGGCAUCCAGUUGAUGAGUCUCCAACCUCUCAUUGAUAAUAACAUGCCCUUUUCCAUUCAAGAAAUUUUCUUGCACCCUUUUCUUAAAAUAAAAUACAGAAAUCAAUAAAAAAAAUUCCAAUCUUUUUCUUCAUCUUUCUUACUUCACCAUUUCCCUUUCGGUGAAUUUUGUGUACUUUUGGUAGUAUAGGUUGAGUAGCCGAGUAGACACUCCUCCAUGCCUGACUUUUGCUUGGGAUAAUGUUCAAAUGCUCAGUUCUAAUUUUCUCAGAAUUGUCGUAUUUUUAGUGCUAAU